GCACACACACUUGCUAUAGAUACUACAACUCAGGCACGGGAGUUAGCCAACAGAUUAUCUUGUUCCACAUCAAGGAAUAAAUUCUGAUUUCUGUCAAGAAAAUACUGCCCUUUGAGAGGAUGCCCAACGUGCUCAACUGCAUGGGAUUUUGUUGCUUGCGAAUUUGACUAGGAGACUUUCAACAGAUAGAAAACGCGGUUUACACAGCAACUUCCUCUUUCCUCGCAUUUCCUUCCAGUUUGCAAGAUCUUGCUUUCUUUCAACAUUUGCUUUAAGCCCGACUCCCAUGCCGUCCGCCAUAAAUGCAGCGGUGGCUCAGCAGACGGCUGCUGGGUCGGUUCCCAGCGCUACUAUUAGCACUACAACUGAAGGUGCGGGUGGGGGCACAGGGGGGAUUUAUUCUGCCAUUAUAAGUCGCAACCAGCCCAUUAUCAAAGUAAAGGAGAAGACCUACGAGGAGCUUCACAAGAAGUGCCUGGAGCAGAACAUUCUCUAUGAAGAUCCUGAUUUCCCGCCGAAUGAGUCCUCCCUCUUCUAUAGCCAGAAAAUCCCCAUCAAGUUCGAAUGGAAAAGACCACGUGAAAUCUGUGAGAAUCCACGGUUUAUUAUCGGUGGAGCCAACAGAACAGAUAUCUGCCAAGGAGAAUUAGGUGACUGCUGGUUCCUGGCUGCCAUCGCUUGCCUCACGCUGAAUAAAAAACUACUCUGUAGAGUCAUACCUCACGACCAGUCCUUUAUACAAAACUAUGCUGGCAUCUUUCACUUCCAGUUCUGGCGCUAUGGAGACUGGGUGGACGUCAUCAUCGAUGACUGCUUACCGACGUACAACAACCAGCUGGUCUUUACCAAGUCCUCCCAGCGCAACGAGUUCUGGAGUGCCCUCCUGGAAAAGGCCUAUGCAAAACUCCAUGGGUCAUACGAAGCUUUGAAAGGAGGCAACACCACCGAAGCCAUGGAGGACUUCACUGGAGGAGUCACAGAGUUCUAUGAGAUAAAGGAUGCCCCUAAGGAUAUCUAUAAAAUCAUGAAACAUGCCAUUGACAGAGGAUCCCUCAUGGCCAGCUCUAUUGAUGAUAACCUAGGCUUUUCCUACGGAUCAGCUCCUCGGAGCGACAUUGGGGAACUGAUUGCUCGAAUGGUGAAGAAUCUAGAAAACGCACAGAUGACUCACUCCACUGUAGACUACCAGGGGACGGAUGAGAGGCCAGCCUGGACCAUAAUGCCAAUGCAGUAUGAAACCCGGAUGUCUUGUGGGCUCGUCAAAGGUCAUGCCUACUCUGUCACGGCCGUGGAAGAGACAACAUUUAAAGGGGAAAAAAUACGUCUGGUGAGGCUGAGAAACCCCUGGGGGCAGGUGGAAUGGAACGGACCUUGGAGUGACAAGUCAGAGGAGUGGAACUUUAUUAACAAAGAAGAGAAAAUCCGCCUGCAGCACAAGAUUGUGGAGGAUGGGGAGUUCUGGAUAUCAUUUGACGAUUUCAUGAGGCACUUCACAAAACUCGAGAUCUGUAACCUCACACCUGAUACUCUGGAAGCCGAUAAACUCCAGACCUGGACUGUGUCAGUCAACGAAGGGCGCUGGGUGAGAGGCUGCUCAGCUGGGGGUUGCCGCAAUUAUCCAGAUACAUUUUGGACCAAUCCCCAGUAUCGCUUGAAGCUCCUGGAGGAAGAUGAUGAUCCUGAGGAUGAACAGGUUAUCUGCAGCUUCCUCGUCGCACUGAUGCAGAAAAACAGGAGGAAAGAACGCAAGCUGGGAGCCAACCUGUACACCAUUGGCUUUGCCAUCUACGAGGUGCCCAAAGAGAUGCAUGGUACUAAGCACCACUUGCAAAAGGAUUUUUUCCUCUACAAUGCCUCCAAAGCUAGAAGUAAAACCUAUAUAAACAUGCGAGAAAUCUCUGAGCGCUUCCGGUUACCUCCCAGCGAGUACGUCAUCAUCCCAUCAACAUACGAACCCCACCAGGAGGGAGAAUUCAUCCUAAGGGUCUUCUCAGAGAAAAGAAGUCUUUCAGAGGAGGUUGAAAACAUGAUUGAGGCAGAGCGUCCAUCAAAGAAGAAAAAGGGCAAGCCUAUCAUCUUUGUUUCCGACAGAGCAAACAGCAAUAAGGAGCUGACAGCAGAUGAGGAUGCUGGCAAAGAUGGUGAAAAAACCCACAUAGAUGAGAAAAAGGUUUCUGCAGCAAGUGGCAAAGGGGGAAAUAGGGCUUGGAGUGAAGAGGAACAACAGUUCAGGAAUAUUUUCCGACAGAUUGCAGGGGAUGACAUGGAGAUCAACGCUGAAGAACUCAGGAACGUUCUCAAUAAUGUUGUAAAAAAACAUAAGGACCUAAAGACAGAAGGAUUUGAACUGGAAUCCUGCCGCAGCAUGAUUGCUUUAAUGGAUACAGAUGGCUCAGGGAAGAUAAACUUUGAUGAGUUUCGACAUCUCUGGGACAAGAUUAAAAGCUGGCAGAAAAUCUUCAAGCGUUAUGACACGGAUCAUUCAGGAACUAUUAACAGCUACGAGAUGCGCAAUGCAGUCAAGGAUGCAGGGUUUCGGCUGAACAACCAGCUCUACGACAUCAUCACCAUGCGCUACGCCGACAAGAACAUGAACAUCGACUUUGACAGCUUCAUCUGCUGCUUCGUCCGCCUGGACGCCAUGUUCAGGGCAUUCCACGCCUUUGAUAAAGAUGGAGAUGGCAUCAUUAAGCUCAAUGUCCUGGAGUGGCUGCAGCUCACAAUGUAUGCGUAAGACCAGAGCCAGUGGCCACCUUCAUCGAGAACACACUCAAGACUUCUGUUCUGCGUAACUAGCUCCAUUCAUCCCGAAGUGCAAACAAGACCACUUCCUAAUUACAUGUUUUGCUUGCCGAGGGAAACAGCGCAUGGGAAGAAGCCUUUGGAAAAAGAGACAACCAUACCCCAGUAGGCAGACCAGUGCGCAUAUUCUGUAACUACUUUUAUAACUUCCUGACAUUUUCCUUUGGGCAACAAGGACUAAUUUAUUGAUGACUGGAUUAAGCUUUUUCU